CCUUGUGGCGCUGGCGUUGCUGUGAACAGCUUUGUGAAUGUGGCGGUAGUUCUGCACAAGGCAGAAGUGAAAAAUGUUCAAUAACACGGCAAGCAUUAAAGACAGGGAAACCCUGUACAGGCUGAUUAUAAGCCAGUUAUUCUACGAUGGACAUCAAACCCUCGCAGUGAGUCUGUCCAAUCUAGUGAAGGCUCACCCCGCGUGCCCACCAUCGGACAGGCUUCUGACGAUUGUCAGUGCAGGCCUUCGAACAGAACGAGAUAUCAAGGAAAAUAAGCUCUCUGAUCUCAAUUCAAACUACGCUGGGCCAGGAAUAGACCUCGAAUAUGAAACCGAAGCUCCGUCGCUAGCUCCAGAACCCGCGCUGUACGAGACUUGCUACGUCACAUCACACAAGGCACAAUGUCGAGCUGGCUGUUUCAGUCACGACGGACAGUUAGUAGCUACAGGUUCUGUAGAUGCUUCAAUAAAGAUCCUGGAUGUGGAUCGUAUGCUUGCAAAGAGUGCAAUGCCACCGGAAGUUGCAGCGCAAGAAUCCGCACAGCAGAACAUGGAGACGCAUCCUGUCAUACGUACCCUUUACGACCACAUCGAGGAGAUCACCUGCCUUGAAUUUCACCCAAAGGAGCAGGUCUUAGCUUCAGGUAGCAGGGAUUACACGGUCAAGUUCUUUGAUUACUCCAAGCCAUCAGUGAAGAGGGCAUUCCGGACAAUCCAUGAAGCUGAAAUGGUUAGAGCGUUGGCAUUUCACCCGUCUGGAGAUUACAUACUUGUCGGCACACACCACCCCACGUUGCGCCUGUAUGACGUGAACACAGCACAGUGCUUUGUGUCAAGCGUCCCAUCAGACCAGCACAAGGGCCCUCUAACUGCAGUGCGCUACAACCAUUCCGGCAAGCUGUAUGUGACUGCAUCUAAGGAUGGGGACAUGAAAUUAUGGGACGGAGUGAGCAACAAGUGCAUCUGCACCUUUCCACAGGCACACGAGGGCAACGAGGUGUGCUCUGCGGUGUUCUCCCGCAAUGGCAAGUACAUCUUGUCUAGUGGAAAGGAUUCCAUCGUGAAACUUUGGGAACUAUCCAUGUCUCGAUGCCUGAUCGCAUACACUGGAGCUGGUGCUACUGGGAAGCAAAUGCACAGAGCACAGGGCAUCUUCAACCAUACAGAAGACUAUAUUCUGUUUCCUGAUGAAAAAACAACUAGCCUUUGCAGCUGGGAUUCAAGAAAUGCCGAAAGACAAAGACUACUCUCACUUGGCCACAACAACACUGUCCGUCAUAUCGUUCAUUCCCCAACCGGACCUGCAUUCCUCACGUGCAGUGACGAUUUCCGUGCUCGCUUCUGGUACCGACGUGUUGAAGCAGUCGACUAGACAUACAAUAAACUGUUUGGGAUUCUCCACCUAUA